UCCCUAGUAAAAGGUUAGAAAAUUUUCAGAGCGAUUUGAAAACAGAGCUGAAGAAGCCAUUUCAAAACAGAGCUCUUCUCAACUACAAUCAGAAUCAAGAAUUAAUAUAAUUUCAGUUUUGAGCAAUCCUCCUCUGUUUUAAUUUUCAUCCAUUUUUCGUUUUCUUGGAUUCUCGUUGAUCACCAACUCCAUCUUUGGUCAAACAUGGCUAUUAGGAUGGGACAGAAUUUGCCUGAAUACAAUCAUAUCCCUUCUGUUCAUUACUUCUACUGUUGUGGUUGCGGAGCUCAUGUUGCAAUCAUCUAUUACAUUCCGGCUCUACGGAUUAUUGCUCAAGUGUAUAUAUGCAGGUUUAGGGUUGAAGUAGAAGAGAACGAGCCACAACAUGGAGUAAUACAUGGCAUGAACUUGACCGUAGCCGUGACUUACUGUGUCCAAUGUGGAAACCUUCUCAUGUGGAAAAUUAUUGCUGUCUCCCAACCGUCUAGUGUUUAUAGAGUAGGAGGAUCCAUCUUGAGAUUGGACGCGGUUAUUAGCUGGAACAAUGUAACGUUGUUUGAUUUUCUCAAUGGAGGCAAUAAUGAACAGGCUCCUAAUGAUCAAGAUGGAGGUGCAGAUGAAGAACAAGAUGGAAACGCUAAUGAACAAGAUUCAAGCGCUAAUGAGCAAAAUGUUGAUCAAGAUGGAAACGCUAAUGAACAAGAUUUAGGGUCUAAUGAGCAAAAUGCUGAUCUGGAUGGAAAUGGAGGCAUUAAUGAACAAGUUCUUAAUCAAGAUGUAGCUAUCGUUGAGGGGCUGGGCAAUAUUGAUCUAAAUGCAAGCACUUGAAUCAACUAUUGAUGAAAAUGCAGAUAGGGCACUCAUGAUGCAGAACCAGCUUAUUACAAUAGCGUUCAUAUUGUA